UACCCUCUGCAAGGCAGGCCCAGGGGGAAGGCCGGAGGGGACGUUCGAAUGGCAUCCCUGGCCUGGCGCCUAGUUCCCUCUGCCAGAGAAUCUGAGAACACGGCCCGAAAUGUACGUUUCUCGCGUUUUACUGCGUCUCUCGGGUACGCAUGGUUCCGAGUGGUCGCGACGUCCAACAUUUUGAAUAUUGGCUUGGCAAAUUCCCAAACGUUUCGCCGGUAUCGUAGUCGACAUCGUCAGCACACGGUUACAACUUAUCAAAGUGACAUUGACGAUGCCGACUACGAUGCCGGCGAAACGUUUGCAAAUUCACCAAGUCAAAAGUCCGAUGCUGGGCAACACAAAUACAAUGUCAGAGGACACAGGACCAAGUAG